CAGUGGCACACUCGGGCGAUAGUCGCAACGCGUACGCCGCAGAGGUCAGACCGAGCAACGCGCGCGCGCUUGUUUCAUGUCCGUGUUCAAGACAUUCGUGGCGCUGGCCAUCGCCUGGCUGAGCGUGACUGCCCACUGCGAUAGCGAUUCGUAUUACGAGAAAUAUUAUGCCGCGCGACGCUUUGUGCCGCUCAAGCGCAACGCGCCGCUGACGUUCAACUUCACCCUAACGCUGUCCCAGCGCGAUGAGCUAGCGCCGCACGAGCGACCCGCUCUGGUUGGCAAUCUGGCCGCUUUGGGCAGCUGGCAGGCGGAUCGCGCUGUGCUCCUGAACCGCACGGCCGUGCACAAUGUCUGGAUGGGAUCCGUGUUGCUGCCACAAAACAGCAGCGUUGAGUACCGUUACUUUGUGGCAGCCGUGGGACGUGCCGGCGGCGUACAGGUGCGUCGCUGGGAGUCGCAUAUCCACGCGCAUGCCUUCAACACCACGAAGCUGCCAGGCAAUCGCAGCGACGAGCUGGGCACCAUCGAUGGCCAGCGGCAGCUGAGCCGCGGCUGGCUGCAGACCUCCGGCUCCAUUGUGCAGUUCAAGGUGUUCCGAAAGGCUUUGCGAUUGGAGGAGCAAACGGCGCCCAGCGGCGCAGCCCUGCGUCUGCGCGUGCAGCCAGUGCAUCCCGACAGUCUGUCGCCCAUUCUCAGCUCCGCCUCAGCCAACGUGGAGUACGCGCGCAUGGUCUACGCAGAGAGCCAGCUGCGUGCCCAGCCGGAGUACGGCGUGCCCUAUGAUGCCAGCAACGACCUGCUCAUGUUCCAUGUGACGCUCGACCAGCUACAGCAGGUGGCCUACCAGCUGGAGGUCUAUGGCGAGCAGCAGGACCUGGUGCGCCUGCUGGGCUACGUGCACCUGCAGCCCGGCGCGCUGACUGGCAGCGAGGGCAACCUGACGCUGCAGCUGCUAUCGCCCGUGUGGCAGCGCGUCGUUGGCGAGCUGCAGCUGCAGUAUCUGCUGGUGCGUCCCAUGGUCAAUGGCAGCGCAGAUUUUCGCACCAGCUUCGUCAACUAUUGGCGUGGCAAUUGGACGGCGCUGGAGAUCGGCCAUCGCGGGCUGGGCAAGAGCCUGACGCUGCCCUCGACGACGGCGGCGCCGCUCAUCGAGAACACGCUCUCCUCCUUGCUGGGCGCCGGCGAGCUGGGCGCCGAUCUUAUCGAGUUCGAUGUGCAGCUGACCAGCGAUCUGGUGCCCAUCAUUCAUCACGACUACUCGAUACGCGUCUGCAUCGACUCGAAGACGCCGACCAGCAAGAACGACCUGACCGAGGUGCUGCUCAAGGACAUCACCUACGAGCAGCUGAAGCAGCUCAAGACCUACCAGAUCGUGAACAACAAGAUCAUCGAGUAUCCGGCGCACAGCAAUGUCGAGGAGGUCGAGCAGCGUCUGUUCCCCACGCUGCAGGACCUCUUCGAGCGGGUGCCCCACACCGUUGGCUUGGACAUCGAAAUCAAGUGGCCACAGCUGAAGUCCAACGGCCUCAACGAGAGCGAGCAGACGAUUGACAAGAACUUGUUCGUGGACCGCAUACUGGAGGUGGUGCAGCGACAUGGCUGCGGCCGCCUCAACAUCCUGAAGAGCUUCGACGCGGACCUGUGCACGAUGCUGCGCUUCAAGCAGAACAUGUAUCCGGUGCUGUUCCUGACCAGCAGCAAGGAGAACGCCUUCGCCGAUCCGCGCACCGCCAACGUCGAGCAGAGCAUCAACUUUGCCCAGGCCAUGGACCUGGCUGGCAUUGUGCCCAAUGCCGUGUUCUUCAAAGCUGAGCCCACUCUGGUGGAGCGGGCCAAGGCACAGCUGCCGCUGCUGCUGCUCUGGGGCGCUGAUCUAAAGGAUCGCGACUCGAUCGAUUGGUUCCUGCAGCUGGGACCCACCGGUGUCAUCUACGAUCGCAUGGACCUCUGGCUGCCGCCGCUCAAGUCGAGCGCCUUCGAGCUCGAGCUGGAUUUGCCCGGCUUCUUUCAAUUACAGUGUGCGCCCGCUACAAAGCAACGCGCCGCCAAUGCCACCAUCGAGAGUAUUCUGAGCAAUGUAAACGUUCUAUAGAUUCCAUUUAAGUACUUUGCACUUUAAUGCCAAGCAAUAAAGCGAGAAAGAAGAAGAAACCAACAAAAAAA